UCCCACCAGAAGAGCCAAGUGCAAGAGAAUCUCCUGUUAUCAUAAGAGAAACUCUCGCUCCCUCCAGCAUCCAGCCACCUGCAAGGUAGAUGCAUAACUUUGUAUAAUACUAAGGCAGGAAAGAACAACCAUCUGAAACGCUGAGGAAAAUACCUUAGUUGCAAAAAAGUUAAGAGUUAGAAUACAGCACCUUCAAUGCAAAUGUGACCCUCAUGCGACGCAUCCACACCAGGAACUCAAAGUGCUGUAUAUUAAGUAAACUUCACACUGCCCUGUGCUGUAGCCCCCUGUGUUGUUGGUGAGCGAGCAUUUAAGAUGUCACUGAGCAGUGAAAGAAGAGUAAAUACCUCGACGCUGAAGAAAAUUGCUGCAGACAUGAGCAAUUUAAUAGAGAACCUGGACACCAGGGAGCUUCACUUUGAGGGGGAAGAGGUGGAUGCUGACAUGUUAAAUGAUCCAAAAACAACCGUGGGCAUCCCAUUCUCUGCAAUUUAUAACACUCAAGGGUUCAAAGAGCCUCAUAUACAGACAUAUCUAACCGGAUGUCCAAUUAAAGUCCGAGUUCUGGAAGUAGAACGCUUUACCUCAACAAAAAAGGUACCAAGUCCAAAUGUUUACACUAUUGAAUUCACACAUGGGGACUUUACAUGGCAAGUGAAAAGGAAAUUCAAGAACUUUCAAGAAUUUCACAGGGAACUGCUGAGAUACAAAGCCUUCAUACGAAUUCCUAUCCCUACAAGGAGUCACACAGUUAGAAGACAAAGUGUCAAAAGGGGAGAAGCGAGGCAGAUGCCAAGUCUGCCACGCACGUCUGAGAACAUGGUCCGAGAAGAACAUUUUUCUAGUAGAAGAAAACAAUUGGAAGACUACUUGACAAAGAUCUUAAAAAUGCCCAUGUACAGGACCUACCAUGGAACGAUGGAAUUCAUUGGUGUAAGUCAGCUGUCAUUUAUCCGUGAUCUAGGACCAAAGGGCAUAGAAGGUAUGAUCAUGAAAAGAUCUGGGGGCCACAGAAUACCUGGUCUGAACUGCUGUGGGCAAGGAAGUGUCUGCUAUCGAUGGUCCAAAAGGUGGUUAGUAGUGAAAGACUCUUUCCUAAUGUACAUGAAGAUGGAUAGCGGAGCCAUUUCCUUUGUCCUGCUGGUAGAUAAAGAAUUCAGCAUUAAGAUUGGCAAAAAAGAGACUGAAACAGAAUAUGGGUUGCGGAUUGACAAUCUCUCCAGGUCAUUGAUUUUGAAGUGUAACAGCUACAGACAUGCCCGGUGGUGGGGACAGGGAAUAGAAGAGUUCAUUCACAAAAAUGGCAAAAACUUUCUAACACAUCACAGAUUUGGGUCAUAUGCAGCUAUACAGCAGAAUACGUUGGCAAAGUGGUAUGUAAAUGCAAAAGGGUAUUUUGAAGAUGUAGCAGAUGCCAUGGAGGCAGCGAAAGAAGAAAUUUUCAUCACAGAUUGGUGGCUGAGCCCAGAAAUCUUUAUGAAGCGACCUGUGGUAGAAGGAAAUCGCUGGAGACUAGACUGCAUUCUAAAGAGGAAAGCGCAACAAGGAGUGAGAAUUUUUGUAAUGCUCUACAAAGAGGUGGAGCUUGCUCUAGGAAUCAACAGUGAAUACAGCAAGCGGACCCUAAUGCGCCUACAUCCGAACAUCAAGGUGAUGAGGCAUCCAGAUCACGUGUCAUCCUCAGUGUACCUUUGGGCCCAUCAUGAGAAGCUCAUUGUCAUUGACCAGUCUGUAGCAUUUGUUGGUGGUAUCGACUUGGCCUAUGGGAGGUGGGAUGAUGAUGAACACAGGCUGACCGACGUUGGCAGUGUGAAACGAAUUGCAGGAACAAAGUCCACAUCGACAGUGAAUCUCAUACCUACAGCUGAGUCCACUGAAACUUUAGCCCUGAAAACUCAGCCCCUGGGGAACCUGCUACAGCACAGAAAUAGCGAUGACAUACUCGAUUCUUCACGAAUGAAAGGAAUAGGAAAACCCAAAAAAUUUUCCAGGUUCAGCAUUUAUAAGCAUCUCCAGAAGCACGGCCUACACCAUGCUGAUAGUGUGAGCAGUAUAGACAGUGAGUCGGGUUAUUGUAAUCCUAGUAGAAGUCAGCAGAAUCUAAUCCAGAGUUUAAAACCCCACCUGAAAAUGUUUCAUCAUCCCACUGAGUCCAAACAAGGGCUCACUGAGUGUGAGGACGAUAAAGGAUCAAUCCGCAGCUUGAAGACAGGUGUUGGAGAACUUCUUGGGGAGACCAGGUUCUGGCAUGGAAAGGACUAUUGCAAUUUCGUCUUUAAAGACUGGGUUCAACUCGACAAACCCUUUGCUGAUUUCAUUGACAGAUACACCACACCCAGAAUGCCAUGGCAUGAUAUUUCAUCUGUUGUGCAUGGCAAAGCUGCACGGGAUGUUGCUCGACACUUUAUUCAGCGCUGGAACUUCACAAAGAUCAUGAAGCCCAAAUACAGAUCCCUGUCCUACCCAUUCCUGUUGCCAAAAUCUCAGCGAACCGCCAGUGAGAUGAAGUAUCAAGUGCCCGAGUCUGUAUGUGCCAAUGUACAGGUGCUCCGUUCUGCUGCAGAUUGGUCAGCUGGUAUCAAGUAUCAUGAAGAAUCCAUCCACAAUGCUUAUGUUAGCGUGAUAGAAAACAGCAAACACUACAUCUAUAUCGAAAACCAAUUUUUUAUUAGCUGUGCUGAUGACAAAGUCGUUUCUAACAAGAUUGGAGAUACCAUCGCUCGGAGAAUUCUUAAAGCACACAGGGAAAAAAACCGAUACCGAGUGUAUGUGGUGAUCCCGCUGUUGCCUGGAUUUGAAGGAGAUAUUUCAACCGGAGGUGGGAAUGCACUGCAGGCCAUAAUGCACUUCAACUACAGGACCAUGUGCAGAGGAGAUAAUUCUAUCCUGGCACAAUUGAAAGCAGAGAUUGGAGAUCAGUGGAUAAACUACAUAUCGUUCUGUGGGCUUCGAACAUAUGCUGAGCUGGAUGGAAAUCUCGUCACUGAACUCAUCUACGUUCACAGCAAAUUGCUUAUAGCUGAUGACAACACUGUCAUAAUUGGCUCUGCUAACAUCAACGACCGCAGCAUGCUGGGAAAACGUGACAGUGAAAUGGCUAUCAUUGUACAAGACACCGAAACGGUCCCCUCAGUGAUGGAUGGAAAGGACUACAAAGCUGGACGAUUUGCUCAGUCACUCCGCCUCCGGUGUUUUAGGGUUGUUCUUGGUUGUUCAACAGACCUCAAUGCUGAUCUCCAGGAUCCAGUCUCUGACAGAUUCUUCAAGGAGGUGUGGGUUUCAACAGCUGCCCGCAAUGCCACUAUUUUUGACAAGGUGUUUCGAUGCCUUCCCAGUGAUGAGGUGACUAAUUUAGCCCAGCUGCGUGACUUCAUCGCCAAGUCAAAAUUGGUAACCCAAGAUGCUGCAAAAGCAGCAGAAGAAUUAAAGAAGAUUCAUGGAUUUCUAGUGCAAUUCCCCUUUCGUUUCCUGGAUGAAGAAAACUUGCUGCCUUCUGUUGGAACAAAAGAAUCCAUGGUUCCCAUGGAAGUUUGGACUUAGGGUGAUAUAGACGGCUUUAGAAUUUAAAGUCUGGCUCCUUGGAGACAAGUUUGCAUUCCUGAUGAUUUCAGGAAGCUUUGUAUUGCCAAGGUAGCCACCGAAAGGUCUCCAUCAAACUAAUGUGCCUUUCUUAAGGAUUUUGGUGGAACAGCUUCAGACAAAAUGACUGUUAUGGGGAGGGAAAGAAAAUUUGGCACUUAUGAUGAGUGACAAGCUAUAUUAAUUGAAAGGACAGUACUUCUUUACAGACAUAUUCUAAGCACCUUAAAGAUGCAGGCCACCCCUAUGAAGGGAGAGAAAUCAUAAUGUAUAUUACUACUACCAGCAUGAUCACACGUGUAUAGUGAUUGUGAUACCCAGGGGUUGUAGGCUGUUUGUGCUUUCUAAAUCUUUGUGUGCUCACAGUUAUUACCUAGCUGGAGUUACCCUCUUCAUCAUCUCUAUUUUGUAUUCCCUCAAGUAUUCUCCCACUGCUUACCCCUCCAUAAUGGUUGGGAAAUGUUGCCUGAGGCCAACUCAGAUGUUCCUAUGAUCAUUGUCUAUCGCGCUUAGAUGUUACAUUGCGUAUACGGCAAAGGGCUAACUCUCUUAUGUCAAAAGAAAAGGAUUAUUUGUGGCACCUUAGAGACUAACAAAUUUAUUUGAGUAUGCAUCCGAUGAAGCGAGCUGUAGCUCAUGAAAGCUUAUGCUCAAAUAAAUUUGUUCGUCUCUUAAGGUGCCACAAGUCCUCCUUUUCUUUUUGAGGAUACAGACUAACACGGCUGCUACUCGGAACUCUUACGUCAAAAUCAGUGGUGCUGACUCUUCUCCUGGCCCCAGGGGAAAACAUUGUUUUUUUUACUACAACUACAGCAAUCAACAUUCCUCAUGCACAGCAUGACACUGUAGGUCUCAGUGAUGGGCAAUCCCUAAUGGAGAUUGAGGUGAUGGGAAUCUCUUGAAUUCUGUUUUUUCAGGGUUUGCAGAACUUGUUUGAGUUCAGCUACCCUUUUUCUUACUAUCUAAACUAUAAUUUUUUCCCCAAGGGAGAAUCAACUUUUUAACCCUACAUUUUUCUAGCUAAAGGAAAGCCUGCUGCUAUGUAUUAGGGAGAAGAGAACCCCAAAAGCUAGGCUGGCAAAACUGGGUCCUCUGUUUUGGAUCACAGUGCUGUGUGUAUACACUGCCUUAAAUACUCCCCUGUGUUCUUUUCCACUGUUUCACUUGUAAGGAACAAGAACCCAGUAACAGUUGAGUAAGAGUUGAAAUUUUGAGCUGACGAUGUUCAAGGUUGAUCAAAGUCACUCAUACCGAGUUCGAUCACGCUCCAGAGGCUAGUGGGGAGAUAGCACUGAACUAGUCUCUGUGACCAGUUCCAGUAACGGAAAGACUUGGUUUUGAACAGUCUCUGCAAUGCAGAAGUGUGACUCCAGGUCAUCCCAAGGACUGAUAAACUCACUCAACAUGGUAAAUCUUUUUGCUUUCCAUUUACUAAUACGAGCAGCACAGUUAAUAAGAAACUCAUAACAAUGGGUUCCUGUCUAGAUAGAGGGAGAAGCUGAAACUCCCAUCUCUGAAUGCAGAAUGUUAACUGAUUCAGUGGGAGUGCCAUUCACCAAGCAAGGGCCAAAUGUGGCCCUUAAUCUGUGGUCCAGUAAAAGCCUUCACCAUACCUUAUCCAUAAGGCUUACAAACUUUUAUUGCUUUGUUUUUCUUUGCUAAAAAAUUCCAAUGAUUCCAAGUAAAUUUGUCCUUUAAAAAAAAAAAGACGUUUGACAAGCUUCCAAUGUGCUUAACGUUCAUUCGUUUAUCAAAAAACUCAUGACACCCUUUUGAAAGAUAUGCCCAAAACACAGUUGGCACAUAUCUUACAGUUAAGCUGAUUGGUCUGUAUAUUUUAAGAAAAGUAAUUAGGCAUAGAGUCAUUUUCCAAUGCUACAUCACGUUAAUAAGUAACAAACACUAACAUUCCUCAAGGGCAGCCCAAGUCCUAGCUAGUUGCUAUGUUUUGUGUUGCUUCAUGCUCAUAUUUGAUAGAUGCAGUUAGUGAUAUGGACAGGAGUCACAGCCAUCCCUGAGCCUUGGUGAACCAGUGGUCUAUUUAAUCUGUCAAUAGUGCAUGCACAACUGCAGUGUGUUUAUCGGUACUGUGAUUUUGUGUAGUGCACUGCAGAUAACUAGGUUCCCUCAAGAUUUGUUGGGCAUUGUUGUUUAGAAUCAUAUUUGUUGUUUAAAAUGAGACACAGGGCUUACCUGCCAGCUCCUGUGCUAGAGAAAUAUGCUAUCAGGCAACCACUGCAAAGCCAGGCAACUAAAACAUCAAAAUACUUUUGCUUUUAACACUAGCCCAAGGCUUUUAAUUUCACGCUAAAAACUGUUGGCCAUUUUUAGUUUGAACAAAACUGCUAAUAUGAAAUGAUAAUAGCCUGCCACAUGUUACCAUUAAACCACACAAGUAUAGAUUCAUAGUGGAAAGAGGUCCAAACCAGAACAGAAUAUUCAUUCACACCAGAUCUACAACCAAACCUAAAGAAGCAUAUAAUGCUCCUAUCAUCUAUCUGUCUAGAUGCUCAUAUGGCUCCUAUCACAAUAGUACCUGAGCAUCUCAUGAUCAUCAUUGAAUCCUUACAGCACCUCUUUGAAGUGGUAUUGAAACUUUGUGGCUUCAUAGGUAACGUGACCCAGCUUCUUGUACCCCAGGUUGUCUUUCCAAAACUGCAAUGCAACUGACAUGCAAAACCCAAACCAUUUGCCCAUUUCAGAUGAUGUUAGGGGUCUGAUGUCGACCCAUACAGCCCAGGAAUUUUGGAUUAGUAUUGAAACACCAUUCUUAAUCCACCCCCUUUGUACCAUACAUUGGCUUUGUAGCAUUUGCGGCAUAUAAAAUACUUCAUAACUUGAAGAUCUUGACACCAGCUGAAAACAGAGGGUGGAUUCACCCUUGUGCAUAGAGUUAGCACAGGAUCUAUGCAGCACUUUAAAUAAGGCUUAAAUAGAAUUAAAGUAACUUAUAGGCAUUGUGUUGGCUCUCUGCACAGGAGUGAAUUCCACUCAAUGUGAAAGGAUAGGUUAAGAAAUUCUUUAUUUUGAAUUUCCCUGAUUUUGUUGGAUGCCAGACUCUUGACAUUAACUGAACACCUUUAUUUUAUUUUCCUUUAUGGAUGGAGGGAAAAGAAAGAAAUAUUAAGAAGAAGAUGAAGAAAGCCAAGACAAAACUUUGCCAUUCCUCAUACUUUGGGGAAUUGAUGCAUCUUGAAAUUCAGUAUUUUUAAAUGGAGUCAUUCAAAUGUUGCCAGGAUUCUGGAAUCCUCUUACACUUGUAGGCCCCAACUCUGCAAGCUGCUCAGUAUGGAUGGACACCUACGUCCAUGAAUAGUUCCACUGACUUCAGUGAAGCUUCACACUACGAGGCCAGGGUUCACACAUGCAGAACAACUUUCAGUAUCAAGGUACAUUACAGGACACAGGCUUACAAGUAUUCACAAGAGGAAGUAUUCUGCUCUGUAGAAUUUACAGUGCAGUAUGUGCCCUCACAUCAUUCUUCGUGCAUAUUCACAGCAGUUGGUGUCUUUUGUGAAUGUCUGUUAAUUAGACUUUUCUUUCACAUGCUAUGAAGCCACAGCAGGGGUGAUGUUUAACACCUGGUCUCUGCACAUAAACAGUCACCACUCUUUAAUUCUUAAUACCCUGGCGGUUUUACUUUUACUUUGAAUAUCCAAAGCAAAUCAUGGCGUAAUCAUUUGCAAAUAUACGGUACUGUAAGCAGUGAUGCUGUUUUUAGUGAUAGUAGUUCCUGAAAUAUGUGAACUGUUUUUGUGGCUUUUAUUUUUAAAAGAUGGUAAGAAAAGAGGAAAAAAUCUCUUCCAGACUCAGAUUUUAUAUUUCAUGAUUCAACCUGGAUGGAAGAUUUAUGGUGGAUAUUCCUAAACAGGUGCCAGUACGAGAAUUCAACAUCACUUCUUACCAUGUCCGUAUAUAUUUUUAAAUAACGGGAUAUUUUCAUAUAUGUUUUGUUGUAUAGAUGCAGGAUUGGACUUACAUUUUAGCAUAGAAAAUUAUGCAUUGUAAAAAACCCAUGAAAAUAAGAUUUCAUAAUCUAAGCACUUCAUUAUUAAAAUAAUGUGUACCAAAAAAGCCACCCAUUGCUAUCCAGGAGAUCCCAGGCCUUUGGCUCAGCUUCUGGGCUUGUACUCCCCAAACCAGCUGAUGCUGAGAGUGCUCAAGGGCAGCACACUUAAGGUAUGUCUACCUACACUGCAGCUGGGAGCAAACCUCCUAGCCCUGCAUACAGACUCAUGCUAGUGGGUUCAAGCUAAGCUGUGGACGUUAAAAUGUUGCUGGACGUGUGGAGUCCAGCAACAUUUUAGCUUAAGCCAGGUCUACACUAAAAACUUUUGCCCAUACAAUAGUGUUGAUUAGGGGUGUGAUUUUUUUUUAAUGACCUUUUUAUACCAGCAAAAGCCCCAGUGUAGAUGCUGGUAAACCAGAAAAAGCGUAUUUUUUGCCGGUGGACGCUGUGCCUACGCUAGGAGAGUGUGUUAGUUUAUCUAUACAGUCAUAGCUAUGCCAGCAAACCUUCUCUCGUGUCGACUCAACCUCAGAAGCAAGGCGGCCAGGGAAGCAAGAUGAAAUGUCAGAGCAAUUAGAAAUGUGCGGGAUUCAUAAGCUAUAACAGGAAUUCGGAUAAGCUCCUGGGACUUAUCCCAGAAGCGUUGCUGGGGAAUGGCCCCAGCGAUGGUGGUGAGAGUUUUGGUGGGGACUGGCACCGGAGAAGGAUCAAUAUAUCUGUACAUUUCCUUUGUCAUAGUAGAAUCCAGGCAUAUUUUUAAAAUUAACUUCACGUUUUAGAACCCGAGCUUACAGCCAUUCUGGCCCAUUGCCUUCAGUGGCAGUUUUGCUUAAGUGAAGACUGCACAACUUGCCCUCUUUGAUACUAUUUUAAUGUGUUCUUCUACUCAAAUUAUGUGAUUAUCUGCCUUAAAAGGAGACCUACAUUUUUACAGGUGUUUGUACAGUUACUACACUGUGCGUUUUAUUUAAAAGUCAAGCCGAGGCAGUUUUGGGACAAAUGAAAAAAAGUUGGUAUGACCCUUUACAGUGUAAAGUUUACACGACUGCUUUUAUUUUAUUUUUGGAUUUUUUUCCACAACUUAGGGCCAGCUCCUCUGUUGGUGUGAAUUAACAUAGCUCUAUUGACCUCAGUGAAGUUCCACCAUUUCAAAAUCAGCAGAGAAUUUGGCCCAGAGUGCCUCCUGACCUCUGAUAUGAGCAAAGCAAGAGCCUGCACAGUGCCAUCUUAGAUGUGCAAUAGGAUGAGGCCGGGCAUCUGCCAUACUAGCCGCAGGGCUCUUCUCACCCAUGCUGAGCCCCACCAAAAUCCAGACCCUUGCCGAAUCAGGGUGUUAGUUGGGAGUGUUCCUCCAUUGCAGAGAAUGUAAAACUAGUGUGUAAAUUAGAUAUAAUUAGGCCCACAGACUGUAAAUCUAAAACUGAAUGCAACAGUACUUUUUUUUUUUUUGGCCUUCUUUUCUUUUUUUCUUUUCAAGCACUUGUGACCCGUUCAUUUUUAACCUACCAGUGCAGUUUCAUAAAAUAACAUAGAUAUUGUGAGUAAGUCGUAUUUAUCUGGCUCUAUCCUGAUAUCCAGGAAGUGAGAGUGUUUUUAAAUUCACGGGUCAAGAAAUGUACAAGUUUCCGCUAACUAAACUAAUUGAUAAAACUAGAGCUUCCAAAAUAUUUGUACUUCAGAUGUACAAGGGUUGACAUGAUUCCAACUUGCUGUACUUCUCCGCUUUAGAUGGAUAAAAUUGUGAACAGAGUGAAUGCUCCUUCUGUGAAGGGUUUUGAAUUGACAGUUUUGUGUCCCUGUUUCUGCUAAUGGCUGCUUCCUUCCCUAUCUAUUAUUGUAUUUGGUAAACAGAUAUGUAUUAAGUGACUAAAAUAUAACUAAAUAUAACGUAUCAGAAACGUU